CAAAUAUGGCCAUCACGGUGCAAGCGUGCUCUUGGCAAGGUCCGCCCUCCCUAAAAAUGGCCAUCAUAGCUCAGGCUUUUGUAACUUCCUGGAUAUGCACAUAAGACCGUUUGGCAGGGGGCAGCUGCAUAGCUCAGUGAAUUGAGAGCCUGAGACAGGAGGUCCUAGGUUCAAAUCUGCCUUCAAACACUUCCUAGCGGAAGACCUAAGACAAGUCACUUAACCCCCAUUGCCUCGCCCCUACCGCUCUUCUGCCUUGGAACCUACAGAUAGUAUUGAUUCUAAAACGGAAGGUAAGGAUUAAAAAAAAAAAACCCUACGUCAGCGCUUGCCCUCCCCAAAGAUGGCCGCGUGGUCGCCCACCGUAGCGGAUCUCCAGGCGACGUCUGAGAACAAAAGGGUGGAGCUCCGGGAUCCGCCCUGCGAUAACCACCACCACCCCGGAAGCAAGGGCGGGCACUUCCGGGGUCGGGGCCUGGCGGCGGCGAAGUCACAAUGUCGUGGCUUAAGGCGACCUGCGCGAGAGCAGGGCAGGGUGGGGGCGCCGAUGCGGAUGUGUUUGAUGAUGAGGCCGACGAGACUCUGCCAGCUCAGCGGGAAUGGAAGAACCGGGUGGAGCGGCGUGUGCGGGAAGGUUACAGAGAUGGUGUGGAUGCUGGGAAAGCAGCUGUCCUUCAGCAGGGCUUCAAUCAAGGUUACAAGGAGGGGGCUGAAGUCAUUAUCUGCUAUGGCCAGCUCAGAGGAACACUCAGCGCCCUGCUCUCCUGGUGUCACCUUCAGGACAACAGUUCCCCUUGGAUCGUUCCCAUAAACCACCUUCUGGAUGCUGUCGGCCAGUGUGAAGAGUCCGUGCUCCAGCACAUGGCUUCUGUCCCUUCCCAGCCCCAUGUGGGAGGUUUAUUGGACUCCAUUCAAGACAUGGACCUCGGUCCUUCGGUCCCAGCUCAGGAAGGUGAAGGCGAAAGACUUGGUAGGCCCGAGGCUGAGCUAAACAAAAACUGCCUGCAGAAGGAUAACGGGACCAGUUGUUCCCAUUCUACAGAUUGUAGCACACAGAGCAGAGCGCUUUUUGCAAAGCCGAGCUUCUCUUGGAUUUUAGAACAAACCUCCAGCAUAGUGGAGCAGCUGGGGUUGUCUGUAGACAUCCUACAAAACAUCAAGCAGCCGGGGAUCUAGCUUCCCUUUUUUGACCAAAUAAUCUUUUAAAAACCAUUUUAUAGAAUGUAUUUUAUCAGCCGUGGGACCAAAAUAUUUAUUGAAUUCUGCUUUAAUCUACUCAGUGAUACAAGUGUGCUUGCAGACAAAGUAAUGUUUAACAUUCAUUUAAACUGGAUUUGGAAGAAGCCUCUUUGGCCAUGUCAAGGCUCUUCCUGCCAACUUUGCACCUGUCUGCUCUCUUGCUCCCUUAGCUUAUGAAUGAGGAAUCAAAAAAAAAUCUUUAAUCCCAGAAGAAUUUUUCCCUAAUUCUUCUGUAAAGUGUCUAAUGCACUUUUAAAAAAUCUUUAUCUUGUAUUUUAGAAUUGAUACUAAAUGUCCAUUCCAAGGCAGAAGAGCUGUAAGGGCUGGGCAGUUGAGGGUAAAUGACUUGUCCAGGGUCAUGCAUUGAGGAAGGGUCUGCCUCAUGUACCUUUGUCCAUGCUUUGAAGUCCUUGUUGUCAGGCCAUCAUUGGUUGGGAGCUGUGAUUUUCAGACUUUGCAGCUCCAGCAGAUGAAGGCUGAGCUCACAUUUCUUCCUGGAUGUCCUUAUUGCUAACCUCAUCACAGAAUGGGAAGUUGAUCUCUCUGUCUGCCAACCACACAGGCAUUGCCGGGCCCUUCUGUGUGACCUCCACUUCUGUAGCUCAUUGUGGCAUCCCUCAGUGGAAGCCCAGUGAAGUGGGUCGUGGAUGGGUAGUGAAGAGAACCAUGGCGGCUCCACCAGGGAGAGUGGCUCCCCCGUGGCCCUGACUGUCAUCCAGUGAGACCAAGGUCUUCUCUCGCCAUUGGGGGCGCAUCACCCCCAGCUGUCCCUGCGAACACGGGAGGGUCAAACACCAUCUUGAACUGUUGCGUGCUUGGCUUUGUGUGGCGUCAGAAGGAGCCUUAAUGGUUAUCGUGGCUGAGUCCUAACUGCAGCCUACAAGGGUUCCUGCUCCUAGGAGGGGCCAUGGGCUGUCUGCUGGCAUCUUCUCCAUGAGGAGAACUCACUACUUCAUGAGAAGGUCUGUUAGGGAAGCCUCACCUUGAGCCUUUGGCCACUGCUCUGCCCUCCGGUGCUGCCCGGAAUAAAGUCCCUCUGGGGGUUGUUCUAAGGGGAAAAAGGAGCAGGAGCUGCUGCAAAGAGCGAGGUUCCAGAAUUCUGGGGUGUGCGAGCUGGGCUUGAUGGGUGACCGUUGAAGCUAGAGGCGGCAGUGAGUCUAGAUGCUCAGGUGGACCUCGUGAGUCGGACUGUCUCCCUCUCUUGUGACUGUGUCUCAUCCAACGGCUGGUUCCUGGGUCCCUGCAAGUGUAUCUUGUAGCUGAUAGAGUGACUUCCAGCAGCACUUCUCAAGACAUCCAAGCACCAACUGUCAGUGUUCCUGCUGCCUUCUCUUGGCCUGGUCCUGCUACCUUCAAGUCCUUACCCUCUUUAUACAUCAACUAAGAGGGUUAAUUUAGCUACUUGGAGGAUUUUUUAGUUAGAGAAGUGUUAAAUAGUGUGGAUACCAACUGCCAUAGUUAAGAACUUGAUUUGGGGGGUUAUUUAUAGUUUCAAGGUAGAUGAUCCCAAUUCCCUUCCCUUCCUUCCUUUAUCUUGGAUAAGAAUAAAGGAACUCUUUAAAAGCCUACCCAACCCCAAGAUCUUCUGUUAACUGGCCCCAAUAUCCAUAACCCUACACAGUUAUAUGUGUAGGGUUAUGGAUAUUGGAUACCUUAUAUAUGUGGAUAUAUAUAUAUAUAUAUAAUUUACCUUUUUAUUUUAUUUCAUUUGGAAGGUUAAAGUAGGUCAAACUAUAGGGGUGACCACUGGAGAAGACUGUAAAUUCCAUUUCCCUUGGGAGUGACUGCUUGCUCUCCAAGGCACUGAAAAUAGAAUUUUGAGGGUGAUUGACACUGGGGGGAUUUCACAUCAUUUAAAGAGACAAAUUAAAGGGAAAAUGUUUUUUCUUUUUUUUUCUGUUGGUGAUUUUUUCCAAUCAAAGUGGACACUAAUAAUACCUACCCAGUAUUAUACAAUUCUGCACAGGUAGAACAUGGCAGGGGAUGUGGUGACUACGGUUUUGAUGUUUGUGUAUAUUUAUUUGUUUGCUAUAUAUUCCAUCUGGUAUUUUUAAAAUGUUUCCUGAUUUCUCUUAUAUAUGUUGUUGAGCCAAGACUGUAGAAAGCCAAUAAUGGGGAUGACGAUUCCAGCAAUUUGUGCCUAUUUGCCUCUUUGGGGCUUAUGUCUUCUGGUUUUGUACAAGUGUAGAUGGAUGGUUUUUGGAAUUGUCAGUGAACUAAAGGCUGUGAUUCAGUGGAUGUGCAGGGAUUCUUCACUUGAACAAAUGUUAAUAGUGCUGCACGCUAAGAUCGCUGUUCUGGAGCAGCCUGAUACCAAAUAAUUAUGCUGGGUGAACUGACCAAAGACCCACCUGUAGCCUUUGCUUAACCUCCAGAGGUGCCCUUUUUGCCCUCCUCAUUUAAGCAAACAAAAUGGGCCAGGAUGUGGAUGGCGUCCUGGCUAGCUGUUUGUACCUGAAUGAAAGGGGACAGCGAUUCUUCUGGAACUUUAAGAGAUCGAUGGCUCUGUGAUGGAACUGCCUCGACUUGAGUCAGAAGAUGCUCUGGCCCUUGCUGUGUAGCUGCACCUCCCCUAACUGCUGGGUUUCAUCUGCCUACGAAGCCAGAACUGUGCUUAUCCUACCCAGCUCGAGGCUGCUCUCAGGCUGCCCCGAGGGGAAGGCCAAGCCCCCAUAAAGCCCUUAAAGCAGCGGUUCUCAACCUCUCAAUUUGUAGCAAUGAGAAUCCACAAGCAUAUCAGGUAUUUACAUUCCGAAUCAUAACUGUAGCAAAAUGACAGCUUUGAAGCAGCCACCAAAAUCAUUUUUUGGUUUGGGGUCACCGCAACAUGAGGAACUGUAUUGUGGGGUCACGGCAUGAGGAAGGUUGAGAACCACUGCCUUAAAGAGUGGUCAGCCAGCCUGGAGGGCCCCCCUUGUUCUGGAUGGCAGUCACGACAGAAGAGAUGUCCCUUUGCUUGCUUUGGGUCCCUCUUCAGCUCUAGCGUCCCAACUGUGAACUUUAGAUUACUCCACCCUACUCAGUCUAACAAAAACAGGAAUGUCUACACCCAUACUCAAGUAUUAAGUAUUUAGGAGGAGGGCCUAUGACAGACAUGUGCUAGCAAGUGACAAAUCAGAAACAACUGACAGACCUCUGCGCUGUCCUAACUCAAGCUUAUGCUACCAUUGGUAUAGGUGAGAUGCAGGAAAGUGAUGUAAAAACCAUCUAUAUGUUUCGAGUCACUUCCUCUCUCUGGCCUCUUUGGUGGUGGAGAGGUGGCUGGCGGAGUGUGCUGAGUGUUUCGGAAUCUUGGGUGGUGGAUGCUAUUGUCCGGGUUUAGCGGUGAGUUUUCCUUGAUACCAUACUGGAGGAAGCAGAGUAGCCUAGUUCAGGUGAGGCAUCUUUACUGAACUCUCUCAGAGUUUAGGCUGAUUCUUUCUCCUUUACCUUCCAAACACUAUCCUCUUAGAAAGCCUCUAAUCUUCUUCAGAGACCUUGUGGCAGAGGACUUUGAACUCCCCCUGGCACAGGUCAGGCGGGAGAAAUCCUACAUCUUUUCCCUCUCCCUUCUCCUUAAUUCCUUCCCUCUAUAUUAAUUAAACCACUAUAAAUUUCCAAA